UUUCUGUGUUAAUGCGUCGCGUUCGUCCAGGAUGUGACGUUGCCGGAAGUCCUCGUGUUGUCUUCCGGGUGUUUUCACGUGGACCAGCGGGCAGAGAACCACCGAAGAUCCACGCGCUCCGAACGCCAACAUGACACAACUAGACAACGUGACGAGGCCCAAGUCUCAGCGCUCCAAGCGUUUCCUGGAGGGCCGGGCGCCGAAGAUAGCAGAGAACGUGAAGAACGCCAUGAUCAUGAAGGGAGGAAACACCAGCGAGACCAUCACCAACGCCCUCAAAGACCUGUAUGCUCUGAAGAAGCCCAACGCAGUCCUCUACAAAAAGAAGAACAUCACACGGCCUUUCGAAGACUCCACAUCGCUGGAGUUCUUCUCCAAGAAGACGGACUGCUCUCUCUUCGUCUUCGGGUCUCAUAACAAGAAGAGACCAAACAACUUGAUAUUCGGGCGUCUGUUUGAUUUCCACGUGCUGGACAUGAUGGAGCUCGGCAUUGAGAAGUACACCGGCCUCAUGGACUUCAAGAACAGCAAGUGUCCCGAGGGGACCAAGCCCAUGCUGGUGUUCGCCGGCGACGCCUUCGACGUGGACCACGAGCUCCGGCGCCUCAAGAGCUUAUUCAUCGACUUCUUCAGAGGCCAGGCGGUACCGGCCGUGAGACUGGCUGGCCUGGAGCACAUCCUGCACAUCACAGCCCUGGAGGACAAGAUCUACCUGCGGAGCUACAGGUCUCUGCUGAAGAAGUCCGGCUGCCGCACGCCUCGCAUCGAGCUGGAGGAGAUCGGCCCGGCCUUUGACUUUGUGAUGAGAAGGACCCACAUGGCGUCUGAAGACCUGUACAAGACAGCCCACAGACAGCCCAAGGUUCUGAAGGCUGGUAAGAAGAAGAACAUCUCCCACGACGUCUUCGGCACCAAGUUCGGCCGUCUGCACAUGCAGAAGCAGGAUCUCGGCAAGCUGCAGACCCGCAAGAUGAAGGGACUGAGGAAGAGGAGGGGUCCUGUACCGGCAGAGGGCGAGGAGACAGAAGCUAAAGCCCCCAAAACAGAGAGUGCUGACCCUGACCCUACCCAGUCCCAGUCCUAAAGCCUCCAGUACACAGUCCUGACCCUGACCCAGUCCUAAAGCCUCCAGUACACAGUCCUGACCCUGACCCAGUCCUAAAGCCUCCAGUACACAGUCCUGACCCUGACACAACCUCAAGCCUCCCAUACAGAGUCCUGACAAUAACCCUCACCGAGCUAAAGCCUCCCACAGAGUCCGAACCCGAGUAGCACCAUAUGAAUCCCCCAGAUGGUUGAGACUCUUUAGAUGAAGAGAUUGAUCGAUCACGUGUGUGUCAGGAUCGAUGGAUCGAUGAUUUUCUAUUCAUGUUACUAUCUGUUUUCUGUAAUAAAUAUGUUGUAACUUCAUAAA